UUCGACAAAAACUUGAAGAAGAAGAUAAAUAAUAAAAAAAAAUCGUUCCAUUUACAAAAAUCAACUUUCAAAAUAUAAAUCAUAACCAUCAAGGAAACAUAAAUCAACAAAAAAAAACAUGGCUGCACCACAAUUUAAUCUUGAUCCAUCUAAAAUGCAAAUAAUCAAUGAAUUAGAAGUUGAAAUGGUUGCCGAUAUGUAUAAUCGUAUGACACGUGCAUGUCGUCUAAAAUGUAUCGUUCGUAAAUAUAAAGAUUCUGAAUUAAGUAAAGGUGAAUCAGUUUGUAUUGAUCGUUGUGUAGCAAAAUAUUUAGAUAUACAUGAUAAAAUUGGUAAAAAAUUAAAUUCAUUAUCACAUAUGGAUGAAGAAGCAGCAAAAAAAUUACAACAAGAACAACAACAACUGUUACAACAACAACAACAAAUGCAGACCAAAUGAUCAAUGUUUUA